CCUGCUCGGUUGGAUUUUGCUCUCUUACGUUUAAAAUAAAGCAAUUUCGAGUAAAAAAUUCUGAGAAGGGUCGAAGUUUCAAAACAGCUUCCGAGGCCUGCGCCACACGUGUAAUUGGACAAGAACAGUAAACUGCGGUGCAUGGCAAAUUCUAGGCUGUUUGUUUUGCCGGAAAAUAGAAUAGGGGAGAAAAGUUCUUUGUGCAUGACAGGGUGAUUUUAGGGGAUUUGCAGUGUCACUAUUUGGAAAAUCCAUGUCUAGUAUCUUUAACCUUUCAAAACUGCUAACUAGAAGAACUAAUCAAAAGUUGCCGCCUUUCUCACACACAGAUUCAAGAUUCACCUCUACUACCUCUGUCUUACUACCAACCCACCAGCAAAUAGCCCAUCUCAUUCUGGACCAGAAAUCAGCAAACAAAGCUCUCCAAACCUUCGAAUGGGCCUCGAAGAUUCCCAACUUCACCCACACGCUGUCCACUUACCGAGCUUUGAUCCACAAGCUCUGUACUUUCCGACAAUUUGAAGUUGUCGAACAAUUGCUUGAUGAAAUGCCCACGAAAAUUGGUUUGUCCCCUGAUGAUGACAUUUUCAUCACUGUUGUCCGUGGUUUUGGGCGGGCUAGAAAGACAAGGGACAUGAUUAGAGUGCUUGAUUUGGUGCCCAAGUUUGGUAAAGGGGCCCCGUCUUUGAAGCUGUUGAAUACAAUUCUUGAUGUUCUGGUGAAGGAAGAUAUUGAUAUUGCUAGGGAGUUCUACAGGAAGAAAAUGAUGGGGAAUGGCCUGAAGGGUGAUGAUUACACUUACGGGAUUUUGAUGAAAGGCUUUUGCUUAACAAAUAGAAUAGGUGAUGGGUUUAAGCUUCUGCAAGUAAUGAAGACUCACGGUGUCAAGGUGAAUGUUAUUGUGUACAAUACAUUGAUGUAUGCUCUUUGUAAGAAUGGAAAGGUUGGUAGAGCUAGGAGCCUAAUGAAUGAAAUGGAGGAAUAUAGUGAUGUGACUUUUAAUAUUCUGAUAUCAGCAUAUUGUAAUGACAACAAUCUAGUGCAGGCUCUGGUGAUCAUGGAAAAAUGCUUUAGUUAUGGGUUUGUGCCAGAUGUUGUCACCUUGACUAAGGUGAUAGAAAUUCUAUGCAAUGCGGGGCGUAUCUCUGAAGGAGUUGAGGUAUUAGAGAGAGUGGAGGGCAAUGGAGGGACUCUUGAUGUUGUGGCCUAUAACACAUUGUUGAAGGGUUUUGUUAAAGCAGGAAAAGUAAAAGCAGGAUGUGGCUAUCUCAAGCAAAUGGAGAUAAAGGGAUGUCUACCAAACACCGAUACAUACAAUGUUCUGAUUGCAGGAUUCUGUGAGUCUGGAAUGUUGGAUUCAGCUCUUGAUAUGUUUGAUGAAAUGAAAAGGGUCGGUGUACGCUGGGAUUUUGUCACAUUUGAGACACUAAUUCAUGGAUUCUGUUCUACUGGAAGGAUUCGGGAUGGGUUUAAGAUCUUCGAAUUAAUGGUUGAGGGUAAAGGUGGUUGUGCUGGCCGUAUUGGUCCUUAUAAUAGCAUUUUAUACGGUUUAUACAAGGAAACUUGUCUUGAUGAAGCACUAGAGUUUCUAAACUAUAUGAGAAAUUUUUUCCCUUGUGCUGUGGGUCGGAGUUUGAGGAUUCUGCAAUUAUGUCAAGAGGGGGGCAUAGAGGAAGCAAAGCAAAUUCUUGAUAAGAUGAUUGAAGAAGGAGGCUUUCCAAGUGCUCUUGUAUAUGCAAGUUUGAUUCAAGGAUUUUCCAAAAGUGGACGCAUGAAGGAAGCAGUAGAGCUAAUGAAUAAGAUGAUUGGCCAUGGUUAUUUCCCAGUUGCAUCAACUUUUAAUGCUUUGAUCAGUGGGUUCUGCCAGCUGGGAAAAGUUGGGACAGCGGCGAGGCUAAUGGAGGACCUAAAGAUGAGAGGUUGCUUGCCUGAUUCUGAAAGCUAUGGCCUUAUAAUCAAAGCCUUUUGUAGGCAAGGGGACUUCCAUGAAGCCUUAAUGUUGUUUAUGCAAAUGGUGGAGAAGGGUAUUAGACCUGAUUAUUAUGCAUGGAAUUCGUUGAUUCUGGUGGCAUUAGAAGGCAAGAAUUUGUUCCAAGAGCAUGAACUAAUGCAGUGGCUGAUUGAAACCUGAUUUUCAUCAAGAAAACCAAGGGUUCAAUCGUUUCUUCCUGCAUUUCCUUUUUGUCAUCUUUGAUUAAUUAAUACUACAGUUCAAGAUUUUCACAAUUGAAAAGCAUAAUCAAAUUUGACAAAUAAAAUUCUUUCUUUGACCAUGAAUAUCUUAAUUUUUCAAUGAGAAAGACAUAUGUUAUGUAAAGAAACCACCAGAGCAGAAAGACAAGAAUUCAUGUAUACCAAACUAUUAUGAUCCAGUGAAUGCUUAUGGGAAUACCAAACUUCCAAUAUGGCAAAAUUGAACUUUUUGUUUCCUAGGACAGGGAUUUGAACUUUUGGUGUUCCCUACUUUAUGGGGUUAAUUUUUUUGGUCCCGUAAAAUUAAAAAAGGUUCCAAAUUUGGUUCCAUGCACUAAUCCUAAGUACCAAAUAUGUUAGGUUUUGGAACCACAUCUGCAAUCUUUUUUAAUUUUGUGGGACAAAAAAUAUUAAUCCUUUAAAGUUGUGGGUAAAAAAUGCAACGAUUCUAUCAUACGGGAUUAAAAGUACAAUGCCCUCCACUCUUUCACCUCCCUUCCCCUCCGUGUACUUGUGUUUGUGGAGGUAGAGGAGGAAAGGUGAACAAUAAUGGGUAUCUUCGGACCAUUUCGAGCACUUGGAUACUUAACAACUCAGGUUCCGGGCUCCAUACAGCUGCUCGACACCACCGAGACAUUCGUCACAGAAAGUGUUGGCAAAGCUUUUGAUCAAAUUGAUUUGAGUCAUGAAAAUAACAAUAUAGGAUAGAAGUUUAGAGUAACCUCUGAGUUGUUAUGUUUCAUCAGCCAUAGUUUUCAGAUGGCCCUUAAUGUGAUGA